AUGGGAUGGCACUUCAAGUUCAUAUGUGAGUCAAGGCAGGUGGCCAAAUACUUUUGGCAAUAUAGUGUACUCCCGGCUUCACAAUUACAGCGCGACACGUCACAUCUGCUCCAACUGCGCCAUUAAAGAACCAUGAAGUGAUUAUGCCAUGGCCCUGCUUGUUACAAACACCCCCAACUGUUUGGGUAAGCGUGCAAGUGCGUGUACAGAAAAGGGAGUCGAAACAAAAGAUAAUGCAGUUGAAGCUCAUCUCCAUCAUUUUCCUGUCGGGGCGAUACGGUGGAUGUGAUAUUGUUGUCUUACAAACAAAGCUCAACCGAACAACAUCGGGAGCAAAAAGGCCAAACAAAAGGUCAUGGAUGAUUAGAUUGCAGAAAAGUCUGGUGACUUCAUCAUUCGCUACCUAUAGUCACAACUUUUCUGUUUAUGCAUUGUUGCCCAGAAAGGUCUCAGCUCUUAUCUUUGGGUAUGACAAAAGCUAGAGAUGCCUCUCAGAAAAGACAGGGCCUAUAUAAGAUGUCGUAAAUGAAAUGAAACACAAACCACCCGACAGAGCCCUUUCCGACACUCUAAGACGUCCACAGGGAGAUUUUUUUUUGAGCGCCAUGUGGAAGGCAGCCGUCUUGACUCUUUGUCUCUUGGUGGCAUUGGUCGACAGGGUGCGGCUCAAUGAAGCUCAUCCCUCUUUCUAUGGGAUGAAGCUGUGCGGCAGAGAGUUUAUACGCGCUGUCAUCUUUACCUGUGGGGGCUCCCGCUGGAGGAAGAGUGUGGGAGACUCAGCUCUUAUUGGAGACGAGGCGUUUGACCAAUGGAACGCAAAUCCUUUCCCCCAACUCGCCGGUGAGCAGGACGCUGCACCGUCCAACAUUUGGAAAGAACAGACAAUAGAUGUGGCGUCUCUGGCCGCAGAAUUUCGCCGCUCGGCUCGCUCGCCGAUUUCCGAGGAGGUCCUAGAGGCCCUACGAAGUGCAGACAGGAAAGGGCGCGACGUGGUGGUGGGCCUGUCUAAUGCUUGCUGCAAAUGGGGCUGCAGUAAGAGUGAAAUCAGCUCCCUAUGCUAAAAAAUAUUGGCCUUUCUUGUGCAGGGUUUUAAAAUUUAGGUCAGGGGUCCUCAAUUACAUCUGCCCAAGGGCCAGGAAUUAAAAAAAAAAAACAGAAUUACAAUGUAAAUAUAUGUUGGUACAAAUAUAUAUAGUCUAUAAAAAUGUUCUGGGAUUAAUUUCUGUAACCUUAUAUUUCACAGAAGUGAACUGUUAUUGCAUAGUAAAAGUCUGUAAUCCUAGUCCUCUGUAACAUCAUAACACAUUCAUGUAAAUUCAAACAGAUUUGUCUCUUAAAGGGAUCUGUAGACUACAUUGCACCCUUGUACAGUAUAUGGUGGUAUGCUGUUGAACGGAGAGAGUAAUUAACGAUUCAUUACAAUUGUGACGUCACAGCAUCUCAUUUUAUUUUGAUUAACUAUGAAAUAAACAAACGGAUUGCCAUGUCAAAAGACAGCUUCAACAAAAUGAGUCUCAUAUUUAAAAAUACAAACAUCUCAAUUGACUCCUAACUCAGAGUCCUCAAAACGUAUGUAUGGUGUGUGCUACUUUACGGCUGUGAAUGCUGGACAUUAAACUAUCAACAACUGAGAAAAUUAGAGACAACUGAAAUGUGUUUUUUCAGAAAAAUACUUCGCAUAUAAUAGACUGAAAAUAAUAUUAAUUAGGUAUGGGCAAAGGCAAAAACAAGAAGAUCUCUAAUUGCAACAAUUCGAAAUAGGCAGCUGAAAUUCCUCAGACAUAUCAUUAGAAAAGACAUAUUAGAAAAACUGAUGUUAACAGGAAAACUAGAAGGAAAGAAAGCUCCAGGUCGACAACGAAUAACAUAUAUCAACAGCCUAAGAAAUGUUAUCGUAAAUAUCAAUAAUAUAGAACUCAUACAUAGAGCGGAUGACAAAGAAGACUGGAGAGCCCUGAUCAUGGAUGCCUGCAAACAGGCCUGAUACCCCAUGAUGAUGAUGAAAUUAAAACUGUGAUGUUACAGCAUUUAGUUGUAACUUUAUUGUAAUUAAUCGUAAAAUCACAGCUAUGCAUUAAUAGUAAAUUGCUGUAAAUAUAUUUCACAGUAAAUUACUGUAAAUGUUACUGUUUAGCCAGUAAUUUGCUGUGAAUUUUCAAUGACAUUUUUACAGUGUAAUAUUUGAUGAAAAACAAUAAUAUUUAUGUAUGUUAACAAUCACCCCGCCUGGGAUUUGUACCAUGGCUUCCUUGUUCAUCUUGGUGUCACAUAUCUUUUUCUGUAAAACUUUACGUUUGUGAUGUCUGGUAGGCCGGUCUAUUG